AUGUCUAACAACGUAUACAUCGUAUCAGCCAAAAGAACUCCGAUUGGUUCAUUCCAAGGGACAUUAUCAUCCAAGACUGCCAUUGAUUUGGGUGCCACUGCUGUCAAGGCAGUCAUGGAUGAAGUCCCACAAUUGAAUCCAGAAUCAGACUACGAUGAAAUCAUAUUCGGUAAUGUAUUGUCUGCCAAUUUGGGUCAAGCUCCGGCUAGACAAGUUGCUUUAGCUGCUGGGUUGAAAAACACUAUCAUUGCUACUACGGUGAAUAAAGUUUGUGCUUCCGCUAUGAAGGCGAUCAUCUUGGGGGCUCAAAGUAUUAAAUGUGGUACUGCUGAUGUUGUAGUCGCUGGUGGAUGUGAAUCUAUGACUAAUACACCUUAUUAUAUGCCUGCGGCUAGAAGUGGUGCUAGAUUUGGGGAAACUGUUCUGGUGGAUGGUGUUCAAAGGGAUGGUCUUAAUGAUGCUUAUGAUGGGUUAGCUAUGGGUGUUCAUGCUGAGAAAUGUGCAAGUGAUUGGAAUAUUUCUAGAGAGGAGCAAGAUAAUUUUGCCAUUGAUUCUUAUCAAAAGGCUCAGGCUGCUGAAAAUGAUGGGAAAUUUAAGAAUGAAAUAGCUCCUGUAAUAAUUAAGGGGUUUAGAGGUAAACCUGAUAUGGAAGUUGUCAAAGAUGAAGAACCCGGUAAAUUGAAUAUUAAUAAAUUAAAGAGUGCAAGAACUGUUUUCCAAAAGGAAAAUGGUACUGUUACUGCACCAAAUGCAUCUCCAAUUAACGAUGGUGGUGCUGCGGUCAUCUUAGUGUCUGAAAGAAAAUUAAAUGAAUUAGGUUUAAAACCAUUAGCUGUGAUAAGAGGUUGGGGUGAAGCAGCUCAUGAACCAGCCAAUUUCACUUGGGCUCCAUCUUUAGCUGUACCAAAGGCAUUAAAACAUGCUGGUAUUGAAGAUAUUAAUUCUAUUGAUUUUUUUGAAUUUAAUGAAGCAUUUUCUGUUGUUGGAUUAGCUAAUACUAAGAUUUUGAAAUUAGAUCCAUCCAAAGUGAAUGUAUAUGGUGGUGCUGUUGCCAUUGGUCAUCCAUUAGGUUGUUCUGGUGCAAGGAUUGUUGUUACAUUAUUAUCUAUCUUAAAUCAAGAAAAGGGGAGACUGGGUGUUGCUGCUAUUUGUAAUGGUGGUGGUGGUGCCUCUUCAAUUGUCAUUGAAAGACUAUGA